AUGUCCACCAUUAGAAAGCCAAACCCACAGCUCUCCGACAGCGUCUUUGAGAUGUUCUCCAUGAAGGGGAAGGUCACCAUCAUCACUGGUGCAGCUGGCGGAAUUGGAGCAGAAGUGUCUAGAGCUUUGGCUGAAGCUGGAGGAGACUGCGCUUUGUGGUACGGAAGGAACACCGCAGCCAUUGAUAUUGCCAAAGAGCUCGAGGAAAAAUACAAGGUCAAGGCAAAGGCAUACAAGGUCAAUGUGAGAGAAUGGGAGCUGGUUGACAAUGGCGUCAAGGAAGUGAUCAAGGACUUUGGUCACUUGGAUGUGAUGAUUGCCAAUGCUGGUAUUCCAGCCACCGCAGGUCUUCUCAAGCUGAGCUUCGAGGAGUGGAACAAUGUUGUUCAAACCGACUACAACGGUGUGUUCUACUGUGCUCGUGCUGCUGGUCAGGUUUUCGAAAAACAGGGCCACGGUAACUUGAUCACCACUGCCUCCAUGUCUGGGUCCAUUGUGAAUCUUCCCCAGCAGCAGGCUAACUACAAUGCUAUCAAGGCUGCUGUGAUCCACUUGACCAAGUCUUUGGCUGUAGAGUGGGCCGACUUUGCCAGAUGUAACUCGGUCUCUCCAGGAUAUAUCGACACGCCAAUUUCCUACCAGGUGACUGAGGAGACCAAGGAGGAGUGGUACAGAAGAACACCAAUGAGAAGAGAUGCUGAUGCCAGGGAGCUCAAGGGUAUUUACCUCUACUUGGCCAGUAACGCUUCUACUUUCACCACUGGCAGUGACUUUAUCGUUGACGGUGGUCACUGCUGCCCAUGA